AAGCCUUGCUUCCUUUUCCAUCAUGUCGGUCUACGGGCCAGUCGUGAAAAUUCAUCCCGUUGUUCUCGCCUCUAUCGCCGACUCUUAUGAGCGGAGAAAUGAGGGGGCAAGUCGUGUGAUCGGGACCUUACUGGGAACCAUUGACAAGCACACAGUGGAAGUGACCAACUGCUUCUCUGUCCCCCAUAAUGAGUCUGAAGAUGAGGUUGCUGUGGAUAUGGAAUUCGCAAAGAACAUGUACGAGCUGCAUAAGAAGGUCUCUCCCAGUGAGGUGAUCAUCGGCUGGUAUGCCACAGGAUAUGACAUCACAGAGCACUCUGUGCUGAUCCAUGAGUACUAUAGCCGGGAGGCACAGAACCCUGUUCACCUGACGGUCGACACCGCACUGCAGAGCGGCAAGAUGAACAUCCGCGCGUAUGUCAGUGCUCAGAUGGGGGUGCCAGGGAAGACGGUGGGCGUCAUGUUCACCCCUCUGACUGUGAAAUACAUCUACUACGACACAGAGAGGAUUGGCAUUGACCUCCUCCAGAGAACGCGUGCAUCGCCCAGCCGCACUAAUGGUUUGACCUCUGACCUGGAGCAGGUGGGUGCGGCAGCGGCUCGGGUGCAGGACAUGCUGGGGACGGUGCUGGCCUACAUCGAGGACGUGCUGUCUGGUAAGGUCAUGGCAGACAAUAGUGUUGGCCGUUUCCUGAUGGACCUGGUGAACAAAGUGCCCAAGAUCUCAGCAGAGGACUUUGAGACCAUGCUCAACUCCAACAUCAAUGACCUUUUGAUGGUGACAUAUUUGGCCAACCUCACCCAGGCACAGAUCGCUCUGAACGAGAAGCUGGUUGUGCUUUGAGCUGAACAUGUAUCUGUAUUUCCUCC